AUGGGAGACCGCCGGGUCCGCGGCUCGGAGGAGCCGUCGGAGGAAAAGACGGAACCAUUCUCACAGACCGAAAUCGACGCUCGCAUGAGGAGCAUCCGCGUUGAGGAGCCCUACGAGCUUGUCCAGGCCGAUCCAGUGCCGCUCGAUAAGCUGCGCGUCGAGGAGCACCACCACGAGCAGGGCAUCCGCAUCCUCGUGCGGCCCCUCACCCGGAGCCGCUCCGUGAGCCCUGGCAACUACAAUUGCCAGUGGCUCGCCCUUCGCGCUGAGGUCGCGUCGGAGCAGGAGCCUCAGCACAAGGUCCUUGCCGUCUCCCAGACGUCCAGGGACAUCAAGUUCUCCGUGCGCAUACCACCAGAGCGGCUCGACGACGAUACCCCGCGCCCGCCGCUGUGGUGCGAGCUCUACUACGAUCCGGCCAGCGACAACCAGAUCCUGCUGAACCGGUCAGAAGUGCCCAUCUCAUUAACCAGAAUCUCCGACGGCCCUGCUUCCACCGCCAGCUGGGGUGUCAAUCCCGGAACCCCCAAGGCCCUGUCACCAGGCACCUGGAGGAUCAACGUCCGCGACAUAGAAGUGCUCGACUUCAGGAUCUUGGAAAAGCGGCCUGCCUUCUUCAAGCAGGCCGAGCCUGCCGGAAAAAACGAGCUCGCUUCCAGCUCAAGUUCAGACGCCCUGAAUGCUUCCGGCAAGCGGUCCUUUACCGCCGACGAUGGGGGCUGUCGGUCCGAGAAGAAGGCGCGCACCACAGAGGAGGCUGGUGUAGCGAAGAAGGACAAGGAAGACGGCGUCAUCAUGUUCCUUAGACCGGCCGCCGAGCCUCUUGUUUUCCCCCUACCGACCGAAGCAAAGAGCAGAGAGGUAUUGGCCACCAGCGGUCAAGCCCUGCUGGACAUGCAACGAGAGGAAACCGUAGUGAUCCCGGGCGGCUGCGAGAUCGACGAGUAUACUGUUACCAAGCGCGACCAGAUCGCCUCCACGGCGCUCUCGUCCGUCUUCACCGCCGAGCACUCCAACGUGCCCGACGGCAUCGUUACCGUCAAAGUCCUCAAGACCCGCUCGGCGAACCCCAGCUCCAAGCCCCAGGACAACGAGCGCAACGUCAUCCGCCAGGCCGACAUGUGGCUGCGCGAGUACCAGAGCCAGGACGAUCUGCACCACGAGUCCAUCGUCAAGCUCUACGGUGGCGACGCCCGUUACCUCUCGCUCUACAUGGAGCACGUCGACGCAAAGGACCUCUCCGCCAAGGGCGUGUGGCGCAACCACGUCGACCACAGCUUCCUCGGCACCCGCGCCGACGCUUUCGCCAUCAUGCGCGACAUCAGCGGCGCCCUGAACUACCUGCACAGCAAGCACCUCGUGCACAACGAUAUCAAGCCCGCCAACAUCCUCUACUCGCCCACCCGCGGCGCCGUGCUCUGCGACUUUGGUCUGUCAACGCACACCAGCGGCCCCGUGACGACGGGUGGGACGCCGUACUACAUCCCGCCCGAAUUCAUCGGCAAGAAACUCCGCGGCCCGCCGUCGGACGUCUGGGCGCUGGGCGUGACGAUGCUCUACGUCCUUGGCAAGAUCCCCUUCCCAGACGCGCGGUCGAGGAAGGGCAACAACAAGCCUGCGCUGUACUGGAUGAUCGCCGACGUCAACCGCGCGCCGACGCAGCAGCAGCAGCAGCGGCCGGGCCAGCCAGAUGAUCUGAUUAUUGUUUGUGAUUUUGCAUCAUGA